UGGUGAAUUUAUACAGACUCUUAUUUUAGAUAGAUACUUGUUUGACAGAGUUUUUAUUAUUUUUUAUAUGUAUAUAUAAAUAUAUUAGUUGAAAUCUGUCCCACUGGAAAUACCGUAAGCGUUCUUUCUAACUUCGGCUUUUCUCGGAAACACUCGGGACGUCGCUCUUCACAGAGGACACGGGGACUAUUCUCACCAGUGGAGGGGGGGCUGACAGAAGUGUUGUUUUUCAAAACUUAAUAAAAUGGUACAUAUAAUGUUUAAUGGCUAACUAAAAGCCCUUUCUUGUAAGCCUCAAAUUUCAUCCAGUGAAACAGGAUAAACGCCUGAUCAGGAAAACUGCGUGCGUUCCGGGAGCCACCCCCCCCCCAGCCUCAGAACCCAGCAUUCGAAUGCAUUUAUCACUAGAUGCCGUGAACAUGGUGGACGACAGCUGCCCCUCACCAGGCAACUUCCACGAGAUGGUAAAAGGAGCAGUGAAUUCAGUUGGGACCCAUGUUCACAGCAUUGACGUGAUCCUGGGCUUCACGAAGGACCCCUUGCUCAAUCCAGGAGUUAACGCUGUACCUGUUGAAGUUACCUUGCAAAGUCCAGGGAUAGCAGGAGAGCGAGAUCACAUCAUGCACUUAUAUGGCUCUGUAUCCCCGAGAGACAACUCAGAGAUUCACGUAUCCGAAACGUUUUCUGACACGUGUGAGUCUGAGCGAGGAGAUGUGUGGAAAUCGUCUGAAAGCGACAGGAAAUCUCCUGAGCAUACGGACGAUGAGCAACCGAAAAAGAAGCACCGGCGAAACCGCACAACCUUCACCACAUACCAACUCCAUGAGCUGGAGCGCGCCUUCGAGAAGUCUCACUACCCCGAUGUGUACAGCCGUGAGGAGCUUGCCAUCAAGGUCAACCUCCCUGAAGUUCGAGUACAGGUGUGGUUCCAGAACCGCCGCGCCAAAUGGAGACGCCAGGAGAAGAUGGACGCCAGUGCCGUAAAGCUUCAUGACUCACCCAUGCUCUCCUUCAGCAGACCACCAAUGCACACUGGCAUGAACCCCAUGAGCAACUCGCUGCCCCUGGACCCCUGGCUUGCAUCUCCUCUGACCAACACUACACCAAUGCAUGCUAUUCCAGACCUUAUGGGGCCUGCACAGGGCCUGCAAGCCGGAUAUCAGAGCAACGGUUUCCUGAACCCCCCUCAGGUCAUGAACCAAAGUGUGCAGCCCAUGGCACCCCCUCCGUAUCAGUGCCAUUCAGUGUUUACUGAUAAAUUCCCCCUGGAGGAUGUUGAUCAACGCAGCUUCAGCAUCGCAGCUCUGAGGAUGAAAGCCAAGGAACAUAUUCAGUCCAUGGACAAAACAUGGCAACCCAUGUGACAGACAAGGUGAUAUGUUUUGUAUUACAACUUAAAAUAAAUGGAUAAAACUGAAGAAGGAUAAUUGGCAAAACAACGAGCUCGUUAAGCUUUCACUGAAAUGAUGGACCUAAGAAUUUGUGGAAUUACAACUAUACAGGACGCAGUUAUCGUGUUUCCGUGUCUAAUUUUUCGGAAGCCGACCCAAGAGUUAUUGUAAGCUUUAAAUAGGCUCCUCCCUCAACCGAGAAGAAUCUGGGUAAUGUGUUUAUUUAUAUUUCAAUCUGCCAUAAGAUGGCGUCUUCAGCUAUAUAUUUUGUCAUCAAAAACAAGAACUAUAAAGCUUCCCAUACGGCUGGAACUUAUAAUGGACAUAUUGGUAUUAUAUUGCCAUAUUAUUUCCUAUUCAUGCCCAAUUGCUUACUUAUUUCUUUCUCUUUAAUGAGGACAUUUUGUUCCCCUUGUCAGAUCUAUAAACCACUCAACAAACAUUCAAAUCAAUGUAAUCAAUGUGACUAAUUUUGUAAGAAAAUUUAUGAAAUAGCACAUUAGCACCUUAUAUCCAGUUUGCAUUUUCACCUUCAUUCAUAAAAAUCACAAUGUCCUGAAAACUGAUUAAAAAAAAAUCUGAAUAAUGCUUUGCUAGCACAGCUAUUGUGUCCCGGUUUAACUCUAUAAAGCAUAAUAAUAAUAAUAAUAAUAAUAACACUGAUCAAGUGUUUUAUUUUAAAAAAAGGACCAAAACGAUUAUAGAUUGUGAAAUUACAUGUAUAUGUAUAUAGCCGUCUUUUUGCGGCAAUUUUACUUAAGAAAAGCUAAUAUGGUGAUACAAAUUGAACAUUUCUAAACUAAUUUCAGCUACAAAAAAUACUUUCUAAUUGGUUGACAAGUUUUCUUAUACUAUGUUGCUUAAAGUGUAGAUCUGGUAAAAACAAUUAAAAUAAAUACAGUCAAGUAUAUAUAUAUAUAUAAAAACAUGAUUCUGUAAUGAAAAUCACUGCAUGGGCUUAUAAACACCUCCAGAAAUCUUUUUCUAUGUACACAGUUUGACAUGUGAUCCCCAAAAAAAGUGUUAAAUCUCUAUCAUGCAAAGAAGAAGGUAUGCGUGAACAUGAUCCAGAAACGCCGUCAUUCUCUCGGGCCAAAUCUCAUUUAAAAUAUACUGAGUCGAAGUGGAAAAUGGCGGGAUUUAAUAUUUAUUACACAGAAAGGAAUUAUUUCUCGGUUUCAGAAUAUGGACAUGUCUAAUGUAAGGUCUGAUUUCCAGAGUGUCCCGGUUUACCAGCACCUCUUAACACCCACUUAACUUACUUAUAGGUGAUUCAUUCUUAAUUCCCAGUGCUGACGAGUGUCCUUCAGAAAGAGAGAGAGAGAGACACACACACACACACACACACACACACACAAACACAAAGAACAUAAAACUGCCCACACCACUGGUCAAAUCAGGUCUUCAUUGUCCAUGAGCACAGCAUGUGAGGACAUGUGAGGACAGAUUGUCCGAGGCAUAACGAGCAGCGCAGAGACACGGCGUCUCUGGGAAAAAAAGAGGCCAUUACGCUUCAGUGCUCAUUAAAAGAGAAGACCUGUUGGCAGGUCACUCCCUCAGUAAUGAUCUCGUCAUGUACUUGUUCAGUUUACACAAUCCAAACUCAUUUUCUUUGUUUUAAUAAAAUAAUAAAAACUCUAAAAAACAAACAAAUAAUAGCGAUUUCGCCCCUGAAAAACACUGAUGUGUUUUUUUCCUGCCUUAUUUGUUUAUUGAGCAUUUUGUUAAAUACACAACAGACAUAGAGCACAAUAUGGACUAAAGUAUUGGGAUUUUACAGCCAUAUGUGGUUCUGUCAGAGGCACACGAUUUGUAUAGGAUGUCUCUGGAUGUGGUAGAAUGAAAUUACUCGAACUAGGAAACCCAAACCUGUUCCAGCAUGAAGAUGCCCAUGU